AUACUUGCAUGCACUUUAUUUGAUUCUUGAGUUUAAUUUUUAAAAUCAUUUUAUUUCGAACAUUUUGUAUCAGCUUUAUCUUGAAAUAUGCUUUGUCCCGAAGUUUGGAGUUUUCCUCCACCCAAGGUAAUAACUUCAUAUAAGAAAUGUGCUAACUUGGAAACUGUGAUAAGUGCAGUUGAACGAAACUGUUUUUAUAAAAGUGCGAUUGUAACAUGUGCAGAUGAACUACAUACGCCGCAACAAAUUACUGAAAUUUUACUAGAAGAUACUGAUUAUUACAAGGUGUUCAAUUGUCCUUUAACAGAAUUUGUGGAGCCAGCAUUUAUACAAAAUUUUGUAAAAUCGGGAAAACUAUAUUGUCUUACAGCAGAUGUUAACUGCAUAGUGCAAAACUGUGCAGCUAUAACCCCUGAUGGAGUAUUAACAUUGAAUAUUCUCGAAUCUACAUAUCAAACAUUAGGUCUGGAAGGAAGUAAAUGCCCUCAUAACUAUUAUCAAGUAAUGAUUAACUUAGUAGACAUAAAAAAUGUAGAAAGAACCCGAAAAGCCCUAUCCAAAAUUAAGUCAUUAAAUUUUUAUGUAUCUUGGGAACCAGAUAAGAAUAAUGUUUGUCCAUCAUCAAUUGCAAAGUAUUUCUGUGACAGAAACUUUGAAGUGUCAUGUCACAGCUUAGAAGUGCAAAAAAUAACGCCAGAUGUCCGAGAAAUACCAACUUUAAUAGAUUGUGAGAUAGAAGGAAUUGUAGAAUGGAUUGGUAUGCUGGCACAUGGAGCAGAAUUAUGUCCGACAGAGGAUUAUGUUAGUUCAUACAGUGAGCCUGAAUGUGAUUCACCAUUACAAUCAUCUAGAAUAUCACUAUUAAUUAUUAAAGGAUUUUUAACUCCAAAUAUAAUAUCAAAUGCAUGUAAAUCCUUAGCAGAUUAUGUUGAAUCUCGGGAACUAAAAGACUAUUGGUCUUCAAUAAGCAUACAAAGUAUAGAGGAUAGCUUAUGGCAGUGGAGUGCUAGUAGCCCUAAAAUGUUUCAGUCCCAAAAUAGUUCAUGUAAUUUUUUCUUUUCUGAAGGUGGAUGUGCAAUUUAUUCAAUAGGACAAUUAAGAUAUUCAUAACUUAU